GGAAGUGAGCUGAGGCUGCAGCGAUGGCCCGGGUUUGGUGCCCGCGGCCGCCGCCGCCGUCACCACCAGCGCGUCGGGAGCAGCCGCGGCCGGAGCCAGAACGGGGGCCGAAGUCGCGGCUGGAGUGGGAGCGGCGUGUGUGAGUAGCUGAAGUCGCCCGUGUCGCAACACCUCAAACUCAGCCGGAGCGCUUCAGGUGGGGGGAGCGACGGUCGCCCCCUGAGUACYGCCCCCCGCCCCCCGGCCCAGACAGCAGGGCUGGGGUCUCCCAGGCACCGGACUAGCUGCUGUCGCGCCAGGCCCUCCUACCCGGACUCCCUUCAAACUCAGGACGGAGGCCAGAGAACGGUGAUCAUCCCAAACCCCCUCCGCCUUCCCGGCCGGAGCUUUUUCCCGUCGCCCSGGCAGAGUUCCGGGUUGUAGUGCGGUGGGGGGGCAAACCCCCUCCUGCCGCCACCUCUCCAACCAGCGAGUUCCCACUGUCUUGCUCUGCAUCGCCUCUUCUCCACCCUUUUCAAGAACAAGUCCUGUCCCAGACGUUCAAAGUAUCUAUUCUGGGUGUCCUGCCCCAGCUCUUGGAGCACUCUUAGAAAUAUUGCCUAUUUACCAGGGCUGAGAAUCUCUCAUUCUUGACGUAGCUUUUCUCCCCUUUGGGAGAUAAAGGUUGCCCCCUUUCCACUCUCUUACCMGACAGACACUUCAUGACCCGGGCUUUAGCCAUUUGGAUCAUCAGCGCCUCGGCCAUCUCUAUGUGACUUCCCCCACCCRUUUGAGUUCCAGUGUCCUCUGGGCUCCAUUCUCCAGCCCCCAGCGGAUCUGGUCAGUCCCGCCCCUGGGUGGGAGUGACCAGGGGGCUCUGGCCCAGGAUUUCCCACCCUGGAAGGUAGUAGCUCCAAAGCAGCAAGAGAAUUGGGCGUCRGGUACGAACCUGGCAGCUCAGGAGUGGGUGCACCACCCACCCCACACAAGAAGAUGAAAAAGCGCAGAGAGCUUAAUGCAUUGAUCGGUUUGUCUGGGGACAGCCGGAGAAAGAAGCCCAAGAAAGGCUCAAGCAGCCACCGUCUGCUUCGCACUGAGCCUCCUGACUCAGACUCUGAUUCCAGCUCAGAGGAGGAAGAGGAAUUCGGUGUUGUUGGAAAUCGCUCUCGCUUUGUCAAGGGAGACUACUUACGAUGCUGCAAGAUCUGUUAUCCUCUCUGUGCUUUUGUCAUCCUCGCGGCCUGUGUUGUGGCCUGUGUUGGCUUGGUGUGGAUGCAAGUUGCUCUGAAGGARGAUCUGGAUAUUCUCAAGGAAAGAUUUAGAACAAUGGAAUCUAAUCAGAAAAGCUCAUUCCAGGAAAUACCCAAACUUAAUGAAGAACUACUCAGUGAACAGAAACAACUUGAGAAGAUUGAGUCUGGAGAGCUGGGCUUGAAKGAUGUCUGGCUCAACAUCACAGAAAUGAAUAAGCAGAUUUCUCUGUUGACUUCUGCAGUAAACCACCUUAAAGCCAAUGUUAAGUCAGCUGCAGACUUAAUUAGCCUGCCUACCACUGUAGAAGGACUUCAGAAAAGUGUAGCUUCCAUUGGCAAUACUUUAAACAGUGUCCAUCUAGCUAUGGAGGCAAUACAGAAAACUGUGGAUGAACACAAGAAAACCGUGGAAUUGCUGCAAAGUGAUAUGAAUCGGCACUUCUCAAAUUGGACCAAUGGAAGCAACAAAAUCAUUCCAGCACCCUCAGCUACAUCAGAACUUGAUAAUAAAACCCACAGUGAGAAUUUGAAACAGGAUAUCCUGUACCUUCAUAACUCUUUAGAGGCGGUAAACAGUACCCUAGUAGCAUACCAGAGACAGAAUGAUCUUAAACUCGAGGGGAUGAAUGAGACACUCAGUAAUCUCAUUCAGAGAACCAACCUGAUAGAAAGCAAUGUGGUUUUUGCUCUGAGUGAAGUAGAAAACACAACAAACCUGACCUCCAGCAUGAUGAGUGAUAGAGCUGCCAUUCUGAAAAGAGAGUCUUUGGAUCAAGGGGCCAACAGAACUGAUAUCAUAAAAACCCAAAACAUAAAGAAGGAAGAGAGUCCAAAUUCUCAGGUAUCCAAGCUGCGAGAGAAACUGCAGCUGAUCAGUGCUCUCACAAACAAACCUGAGAGCAACAGGCCUCCAGAGAUUGCAGAUGAAGAACAAGUACAGAGUUUCACAUCAAAGCCAUCAACAUUGCCAAAAUUCUCACAAUUUCUUGGAGACCAAAUUGAGAAAGCUGCCCAACUAAGGCCUGUCUCCCUACCAGGAAUUUCUAGCAUUGAAGAUCUUCAGGAUUUAUUCCACAAGACUGGCCAGGAUGUGGAUGGGAAGCUGACCUACCAGGAAAUCUGGAACUCUCUAGGUUCUACCUUGCCAGAUCCAGAGAGCUUGAGAGCAUUUGAUUCCAAUGGAGAUGGAAGAUACUCAUUCCUGGAGCUAAGAGUAGCUUUAGGUGUCUAGCCUCAACAGGCGUUAUUUUAGGAAUGGAUGUAUACCCUGGACUACCUAAAAUCUACUUACAUAACAGAAACAACCCUUUUAUGCAUCAGCCCUCUAGUCCUCCAAACUAUUGUAGCAAACAUAUUGCCACCUUCUAACUUGUUUGAAAAGCUAUACAAAAGUUAUUUUUUUAAAAAAGAAAACCAUUUUACUUAUAAUCUGAUGUUCAGAAAUCUAUAAUUUCCUGAAACCAGUAAUAUCUUACAUUUUAAAAUUGCCA